CAGAAUGAAAAGUUAAAUUCAGGACUGCCAACCAGAAAUGACAAGAUCGGCUAUCGUAAAUAAAAAAAUAUCGAUCUUUUAUCGGCAUUCCUAUCGAAGAGUAUUUUGAAUAUUUCUCUUAACCUCAAUAUUUUCUCUAUUUUUAUAUCGUUAUUUUUGAUGGUAUAUACUAUGGUUUUAAUUAACAGUCGUACGUAAUUAACGUAAUCAAAGGGCGCAUUGUACUAAAUGUAGCAAACAUUACAGUAUUAUUGAAUUCAAUUCUUGUUUCAUAGGACAAUGUCUGACGAGGAAGUAAUUCGUCGAAGAUUACUCAUCGACGGCGAUGGAACCGGGGACGAUCGUAGGAUAAACAUGCUUUUGAAAUCAUUCAUAAAAUGGGUUAACAAUCCUGAUGUGGAUAACGUGUUGCACGAGAGGAUGUUGUCGCAGCUUGCUCAAUGCGAAUUUGCGCAAAAGAAAUCCAGGUUGGUUUCGAAUAUGAGUCAAGAUGAAUUGAAAAGCUAUGAAAUGUUAUCGAAAGAGAUAGAAGUACAAAUAGAAGAGGCCAAGAGUGAUAUCGAGAAAACAAAGGCAGAACUGCAAGAAGCAAAACGUGUAAGGAAAAACAGAAUCGAAUAUGAUGUAUUGGCAAAAGUUAUAAACGAGCAACCGGAUAGAGUAGAAACAAAUUUGAAAUUGGCAACACUUCGUGAAGAAUUGGGCAGAUUGAAGGAAAAAUCUGAACAGUUGGAGCACAAAUUGGAAAUGAGGCGUAAACAAUUCCAUGUAUUGAUAUCUUCUAUACAUUCGUUGCAAGGAAUGCUGGAUGAAUGUGACAAAGAAAUAAUGGAUGUGAGUUUAGAAAAUUACGAGGACACUGAUACUUCAAUACCUCCCAAAUCUGACACAUAGCGAUUUAAACAUAUAUCGUGUACAUAAAUGUAUGCUUAAGUUCAUAUAAUUUUUUAAACAAAUAUUUACAAACUUCCACUGCCCGCCAAAGCACAUAUCAAUGUGCUUAUAAGUAUUACAUAAUAAAAAAUGGAAAGAAUAUUAAUAAUGAA